ACGAAAACAAACGAAUUUUUACAUAAGUUUGUUUAAAAUAUUUCUUAAAUACAAAUGCCUCGCAAUCAGAAUGCCGAACGGGAUAAUCCCUGCCUUAAGGAACAAGAACUAUCAUUCAAAUGCCUUAACAAAAACAACUUUGAUCACGAAAAGUGCGAGGUUUAUUUCGCCAAUUACAACAAUUGCAAGGAGUUUUGGAACAAAGUGAAAAGCGAACGCAGAGCUAAGGGAAUAGCUCCAUAUUUGCCGCCGGUCGAGGAGCGCGAUGCCAUUAAAACCAACUAUAUGAAGGGAAAACCCACGCAAAGUUGAUACUCUUCUCCAUUUGGAAAUUUUUGUUUAAAAUUUCAGUAACAUAUUAUGUAAAUAAAAACAUUUUUUAUAAAGUUAUUUCUCUCAGAGAAACCACAAUUUUAAAUUAUAAUAAAACAGUUUUAUAUCAUACAAGUGCAACUAAUAAAUUUUAGCUUUGGCUGUGUAUAACAUCA